UGAACUACAACUCAUAAAAUCAAGUGAAAAGUCAAAAAAAAAAAAAUGAAUGAAAUUUCUAAAACUGAAUUCAACGGUCAUUUGGCAACUCAUCUUACUUAUGGCCAGUAUUUUGACAUUGAUGUUACAACUAUACAAAAUCCUAAGGUAUUCUUCAUAAAGUUUAUGGGUUCGAAAUUAACCGAAAAUCCGAAUGCCCUGCCCUUCCUCACUAUACAGGUGUCAUUUAAAGAAUUUAAAAUAACCGUGUCAAAUCAUGAUACAGGUAAAAAAUAUGAAAAGGUAUUUCAGUCUCUCCAAGAAGAGCUCAAUGUAAACAUCCAAAUAAAUAAGACAUCUAACAUUUCCAUCAAUGGCGAGGAACAAUGUCUAUUUGAAUUCAAUCUGCUUUAUACCAAUUCUCCCAUUCACAUUGGUGGUGAUAUCAAACAAAUCACACGUGUGGAUCAUCGUCAAGUCCAUCCCAAGCUGUGGCCAUCCACAAAAUGUAUUCCGUAUUACCCGGACACCUUAAACUUCAGCAACGAUAUACCCAUACAAUUUAAGCCGGGUCAUCUGAUGGUGCUUACAGGCCAAUGUUAUGGCCUGCCAACUGGAAAUUUCUAUAUAAAUCUGCAGCAUGCCCAUGAUGAAUCGCUCAUGAUGCACUUGAGUGUAGACUUUAAAACCAGAACAGUCUAUCGCAGCUAUUCGGAGCCGAUCCAUGAUGGACUCAUUCCUACCUACAUAUAUUCUAGAAAUGAGACUGAGGGUGGCUUCCCCUUUGAGUUUAACAAACCUUUUAGACUGGGCAUAGCCUGCAAAGAAUCCGAAUUUCUGAUUGCCGUCAAUGGUCUCUAUUUCUGUUCAUUUGCCUAUGCCAAUUCAUCUCAUUGCAUAUUCCAUGGAAACCAAAACAUCAGGAAUGUCCUCUCGAAUAUUGUGGGCCCCAAGGUGUUCUCACGCAAUGGUGCAGAUGUUCGAAUAACCGAAAUCGAUCAUAUCAUCUUGGACAAUCCCGAAUGCACCACAUUUGAAAAGUACACAAAACUUUCCAACAAAAUAUGCCCUCGUUAAAGUAACAACAAAACAAUA